GGUGAUUCUCAGCACGAUAUGCUGCAAAAAUAGCCAAGGAAGGGGCGCUCACGAAAACGGGGGUGAAGGUACUGAAGAACGCCGGGACAGGGCUCAGGAAGCGGAAAGCUAAGGCUCUAAUGGUUGCCAAGGCAGGGGUCAGGAAGGGGGGGGUGAAUGUGCUGGACGGCAAGACAGGGCUCAGGAAGCCAGGGAUGAAGGCGAAGGGCAGCGCGAAGGUGAGGGUCAGCGCAGUGGCAAGCAACAGUGGCAGCGAAGAGCCGCCCAUCUCUGCGAAGGAGACAGCUCGCAUCGUCAAGGGCCUGGAUGCCGCCUGGAAGCAGUACCCGCCCAACCUGGAGAAGCUUCGAGGCCAGGUGCAGGAGGCAGUGAAGCGGCUGGUGCAGAAGAGCUGGCAUGUGGACCCGAUCGUUAAAAAGGUGGCAGAGGGGGGCUUGGAGGAAGGCUACAUGCAGUAUGCACAUGAGUACAAGCGGAAGUGGGCAGGCAAACCAGCUCACAAGGAAUUUGCCCGCCGUGAGGUGCUGUUCGGCAAGAGCCUGCUGUACGCGAUUCAGACAAGUGAAGCCUUCCAUAAUACGGUUUUCUUCAUGAGCGGCUUCUUCGACUACGACGAGGGCGAGAUGUUCUGCUCUGGCCACCACGGCCGCAAAUCGGUGGCACAGUAAGAGGAUUAAGAGCGCUCUUGUAUCAAGUGAGUGUGGGUUCACUAUAGCAAAAGGUUUUGCAACGUCAUCGCUGGCCAGCCAAGCUUGCUCAAAUUGUGCCAAAACGUUAUUCGGCAUCUUGUUAUAGCUCGCUAGCAGUCUUUGAGAUCGAUCGAUGGAAGGAGGGGUGUGUACAUACUGCAUGAGCAACGUUGAACCCCUACACCCAAGCGUGACUACUGUGGACUUAGAAGUGGGUUUGGAAUAGGUUGGAUACUAAUCGGAGUUCCUUCUGGAGAGGGCUGAACACCCUAGACUGAUAUGGUAUAGUACAUCCUACAAACAAAAAAGGUAAGAGCUUGAGAGAACGAGUUGACACGGACUGUGAAGUUAGAAGUGGGAGUGGAAUAGGUUGGAUACUAAUCGCAGUUCCUUUUAAGGAGAGCUGAAAGCCCUAGACUGGUUUGAUAUUGCACAUCUUAUAAACCUAGAAUAGAAAAAGAAGAGCUUGAAACAAAUCAGUUGAGACGGACUUUGAAGCGGACGUAUCGCGUCGUAUAGCAAUUUGGACGGGAGCAGGCUGCUUGCACAAGCCUCUCCUUGAGCCCGAGUCUCGGCCAGGCCCUGACGCAAAAGACAAACGUAUAUACUCUCAGUUAGUCUCCAUUUAAGGGAUUCAUUUCCUGGCACAUGCCGCCACGGAUGGUAAUGUCAAUGUGAGCUAUAUAAGCUUGAG